GGCUGGGCGGCCGCAGGAUGCUGCUCAGGCUGCCGCUCGUGCUGCAGGCGCUGGCGCUCAUGGCCAGCCAGCUGCAGGGCUUCCCCAGGCCCGCGGGCGACGAUAAAACUAUACACAACAGACAACUAAGUGUAGAAAGACCUCUGGAGGAACAGAUUGCUGAAGCUGAGGCAGACAAGAAUAAGAAAAUAAUUCCCACAGAAAGCAGGCCGGAGUUCAGAAAUUAUUCCUUUGUUGAUGACUUGAAUCUCCUAAAGUCAGUAGCAGAAAGAGAGAGGAAUGAAAAGGAGAGGGAGUCAAUUAGAAGCUCUUUGUAUGAACAGAAACUGGCCGAUGAUGUAGACUCCACCAAGAACCGCAGGAUUGUGGAUGACUAUGACUCUACUAAAAGCGGGCUGGAUUAUAAAUUUCAAGAUGAUCCGGAUGGCCUCCAUCAGUUAGAUGGCACCCCUUUGACUGCUGAAGACAUUGUCCAAAAAAUUGCUACAAGAAUUUAUGAGGAAAACGAUAGAGGAGUGUUUGACAAGAUCGUUUCAAAACUUCUAAAUCUGGGACUAAUCACAGAAAGUCAGGCCUACACCCUAGAAGAUGAGGUGGCAGAGGUUUUACAGCAGUUAAUCGCAAAUGAAGCGAAAGAUCGUGAGAAGGAGCCUGAAGAUUUUGAUUAUCCUCCAAGCAGAGCAGACAGUGAUACAAAAGARAAGCAACAGGAGAAAAUGACACCAAGCAAAGCUGAUCAAGAUAGUUUCAUUAAUGGAGAAAUUGAUGAUACAUUGGAUAACACCUGGCCAUCAUCUAAUACCUUGGAAAGAAGAAAUGAGCUGCCUUCUGAAGAUAAUUUUGAAGACCUCCAGUAUUUCCCAAACUUUUAUGCCCUGUUAAAAAGUCUUAAUUCAGAGACAGAGGCAAAAGAAAAGGAGACCCUGAUAACCAUCAUGAAAACCUUGAUUGAUUUUGUGAAGAUGAUGGUUAAAUAUGGAACAAUCACACCAGAAGAAGGAGUUUCCUAUUUGGAAAACUUAGAUGCAAUGAUAGCAGAGCAGACAAAGAAGAAGCUUAAGGACCCUUCCACUAGAACUAAAACAAAGCAACCAGCAGAUAAGAGCAGUGAAGAAGCAGACAGUACAAAGGAAGAAGCAGCUAAAAUGGAAAAAGAGUAUGAAAUCUCAAAGGAUUCCACAAAAAAUGAAGAACAAAAUGCAGCAGGGGACAAUGAAGAGCCCAUAGGGAAGGCUGAGGCAUAUUUGGAAGCAAUCAGGAAGAAUAUAGAAUGGCUGAAAAAACACAACAAACAAGGUAACAAAGAAGACUAUGAUCUGUCAAAGCUGAGAGAUUUCAUUGAUCAACAAGCUGAUGCUUAUGUGGACAAGGGCAUCCUGGACAAGGAAGAGGCUGAUGUAAUUAAACGUAUAUACGGCAGCCUGUAAGAAGCUGGCGGCUGCCAAACGUAGAAAACUAGCAUAGCUUUCCCUCUCCCAGCUCAAUGACUUAUGAUCUGUUUUUCAGAAGGUAUCAUUAGAAAUGCUCUGUUUACAUUGUACUAAAACUUUUUAGACAGCAAUGGAGAGCUGUAGUGCUCUACACUGAUYGCAUACUGUAUUUUCCAACUCUCACAAAUCAACCCUAGAGGCCAAAUUCUGACAUUGAAUUUCUAUUUGACAGGGUAAAUAUUUAUGUAAUGUUCUCUUUAUUAUUUGUGUUUGACUUACUUUUGUAGGUAAACCAAUAGUUUUUGAUGUAAAGUUCAUUUAAUGCUAUAUUGUUUUGCUCUCACUCAAUUAGCUUGCUAGAGAUGCAACUAUGUAAAGGGCAUUAUUAGAAAAUAGUUCAUAGUUCUCUAAAUAAAAUAUUUGAAAAUAAUUUUCCUAUUAAAGUGUUCAUUAAUCAUGAUAUUGUUUUACAUCCAGAAAUUUUGUUUUUAAAACCUAGUACCAGGAUUUCCUGACCGUGUCUGUGUUCCUAUAUGUAUCAUUCUGUACCUUUGAGUAUAGUGUCUUUAGCUAA